UUUUACGGCUUCGACACCAACACACGCACAAUCUGUCUGAUACAUAAUUACUAAUCAACCAACAGAGUAAGCUGUGCAAAGUGCGACUUUAAUAAUAAAAGUGACUAUUGCGUAGGUGGUGUUUCCUCAUUUACGCCAGCCAACUCUUUUACUAAACGCAUCAGUCCAACUCGCGGGUCUGGGAAUUUCGAGUGCCGUGCUAUUAUGACAGGAGUGAGUGCUUGUGAAUGUCGUUUCCUCCUGCCGUUCUGCUCCAGAAGUCAACGGUCGUACCCUUCUCUCCAGGACCAUGUAGCGCUCCUGAUUUACUCCAGCUAUAAAAACAGCUCACCGCUCGCACCAAGAUCGACUUUGCUUUUUCUUCCUACCAUCAGUUGAAGGGGCGAUUUUGACCAUGCGACUGGUAAGCCUCUCGUGGCUGCUGGCAAUGGUCCUUUUGGACAGCACCUGGUGGACGUACUCCUCUUCGGUACCACAAGAAGCGCUAGCAGAAGUCGAGGCGAAUCUCCUGUCUCUGUUUGGUUUUCGCAAACGACCACGAAUUGAUCGAUCGAAAGUUGUUAUUCCUCAAGUAAUGCUCGACCUGUACAGGAAGCAAACUGGCCACAGAUUGGAUACGGCGUCAAUUCACCGACCCGGAUUACAUACCAAAAGUGCGAAUACCGUGCGAAGCUUCACCCAUAUCGAAAGUCCAGUCGAUACCAGAUUUCCCGGACACCACAAGUUUCGUCUCAAGUUCGACAUUUCGAGCAUUCCACCGGGCGAAAAAGUUAAGGCCGCCGAGCUGACUGUCAAUCGGGACGUGAUCGAUUGGAUCUCCGGAUCGGACCAGGACUACUAUCAGCAAAUCCUUGUCAACGAGAUCGUCAAACCUGGAGUUAAAGGCAAACGGGGGCCGAUUAUGAGGCUGGUGGACUCGAAAACCGUGGACACGCGAAAUGGCGGUUUCGUUAGUUUAGAUGUGCUUCCAGCCGUUGGGAGGUGGUUACAGACUUCUUCUUCCAAUCACGGUUUAGUGGUGUAUAUCGCCGGUUUUGGCAAAAACAGAACUGUGCCGGCAAGACAUUUGCGUUUACGCAGAGACGUUGGGGAAAGUGAUUCGGUGUGGUCCGCGAAACAGCCGUUGUUGUUCACCUAUACGGACGACGGCAAAAAUAAACAAUUGACGGGUGACGCGUUGGCGCAAAAACGCUCUCGGAGGGCGAUGAACAAAAAACAUAGACGAAAAGAAGUGCCGUGUAAAAGACAUCCAAUGUACGUGGACUUCAACGAGGUGGGCUGGAGCGAUUGGAUAGUGGCGCCGCCGGGUUACGACGCCUACUAUUGUCACGGUGAAUGCAAUUUCCCCCUGGCCGAACACCUGAACACCACCAACCACGCGAUAGUACAAACCCUAGUGAACUCGGUAAGUCCAAGUAAAGUCCCAAAAGCGUGCUGCGUACCAACACAACUGAACGCCAUCUCCAUGCUGUACCUGGACGAGGAGAACAAGGUGGUGUUAAAAAACUACAAGGAAAUGGCAGUGGUCGGGUGCGGAUGUCGGUAAUGACCCUCUCUUCCGACACAAUUUUCUUACUGUGAUCCCAACACAUCGGAGGCUACCAAUAGAUUUAGUGGUGAAUUCAAGAACUAAAGUGCGUAACG